GCAGCAGUGGCACCAUGCAGCAGGAGGCAGAGGGCAGCCGGCCGCGCCGCAGGAAGCCUGACAUGGCCCUCUACGUGCCCAAAGCACGGCGGGAGAGAGAGACACAAGCAACAGGCAAUGCACUGGUCAGGCACUGCCGAGACCCUGAGAACCACCGCCUGGCACCAGACUCUUCUUGUCAGGGCAGUGGUGAGGGGCAGAGGCAAAGUCCCCGUGCCAGAACACAGGCGGGCAAAGCAUCAAGGAGGGACGGCAAGGUGGAUGUCAGCCUGAAGGAGCUGCAGGCAGUCUCUGCCAGGGACUGCCAGAAGCUAGAGGGCAGCUGCCCCAUUGCGCUGGAAACCCUGAAGGCAUCACCCAGCAUGUGCGGGCCAGGCCCAGAUCCAGCUGUUGCCCAUCCCUGGGAUGAGCAGGACAAAGUGUCUCUUGGAGAGCUUGGCCGUGGCCACCAGAUGAUGAGGACUGAGCCUGACCCUCCAUCCCCACCAAGUACUCAGGCUGGGGCUGUGAAGGCUACCCUCAAGCCUGGGGAUGACCCCACUAGCCCAACACCUGCCUCGAGCCCAACACUGGUUUGUCAGGCAGGGCUGAGUGGCAUGUUGGAGCACUUAGGGGAUAGCACCCCAGAUCCAGCUGGGGACCUCUCCCAGAGCCUGAGAGAGGGUGUCCUGCAGUCAGCAGGGUUGAGCAACCAGAGCAGUGUGCACGGGCUGGUGAGGGAGGCAGUGGGUCUGAAAGCCUGGGAGGAGGAGGGGUCUCUCCUGGCAGGACAGAACAUAGGCUAUGCCACUGGGGUACUGGAGGAGGAGGAGAGGUAUGAAGACAUGGCUCAUUUUGCCAGGGAGAGCACCUUGUGUGCACCAGGAGCCAGCUGUGAACCUGUGUUCUCGAGGGGUAGCACAGGCAAUGUGCCAGUGCUCCCAGGGGAGAGAAGCCCAGGGCAGGGUAUGGGCAGCCCAUCCCAGCUCCUGUCUGUAACAGAGGAGAGCACUGCUGGUGCUGGGAAUCCCAGUGGGGAGGGCGACCCAGUGCCUGCUGUGGAGGAAGCCAGGAAUCCCAGUGGGGAGGGCGACCCGGUGCCUGCUGUGGAGGAAGCAAACAGCACAGAUGGCUGUGCUGUGACUGAGAGUGGCCUGUGGGAGGGAGCACCUCCAGAGCGCUGUGAGCCCCCACCGCCCCUGGAGAUGCUGUGUAGUAGCAUGGAGGGACUCUCACCUGCAUCCUGGACCAAGGAGCUGGUGGGAGCAGAUGAGGAUGUGGGUGCACUGCAGAAGCACCAGUGUGGCCAGGAGGCUGAGAGCAAAGAGAUAAGUCUGCACAGCGGCUCCCCGAAGGAAGGACAGACCAGCGAAAGCCAGGCCAGCCCGGUUGCUGAGGAGAGCUGGGAUGUGCUGUUCAAUGAUGACGGGGACUGCCUGGACCCACGCCUGCUGGAGGAGCUCUCAGGGGGUGAGAAGCGCCAGGAGAGCCGACAGUCAUCCCGCUUCGACUAUUAUGGGGCUGAGCCUGCUGCACCAGACAUCAGCGAUGACGAGCUGCCCCACGUCAUCGAGAUCUACGAUUUCCCCUCAGAUUUCCACACUGAGGACCUGAUGCGUGUCUUCUGCAGCUAUCAGAAAAAAGGCUUUGAUAUUAAGUGGGUGGAUGAUACGCAUGCUCUGGGCAUCUUCUCCAGCCCCAUAACAGCACGUGAUGCCCUCAGCACCAAGCACCUGAUGGUGAAGACGCGCCCACUCUCCCAGGGCACCCGUGCCUCUAAAGCCAAAGCCAGGGCUUAUGCUGAGUACCUGCAGCCGGCCAAGGAGCGCCCUGAAACAUCUGCGGUCCUGGCCAGGCGGCUGGUGAUUGGUGCGCUGGGGGUACGCAGCAACCAGACACCAGCCCAGCGAGAUGCUGAGCGGAGGAAACUGCAAGAAGCUCAGGAGAGGAAGCGUCUGGAGAACAAGCAGCGGGAGGAUGCUUGGGAGGGCCGGGACUGA